GAGAGAGAGAGAGUAUAGAACUCUGGAUUACAUUAUUCGAAGAUAUAUGUUUAUAUGAACUGUGUACAAUGCACGUAUAAUCUUAUCAGUGCAUAAUGCAUAAUUACAUGUAUUUGAAUUCUGUGUAUCUUAUGCUAAUAAGUGUAGACAUAGUGGAUCAGCUGAUAUAGUGGGCAGAUGCACGGCACCUGCGCGAGCGCAUCAUUAUCUGGAGCGUGCUCGCGGAGAUCUGGGGCUGGCCACCGCCUUCACUCGCUGCAGCAUCAGGACCAUCAAGGACGAUGAGCCCCGAGCGAGUCACCGCAUCAAUGCGUUAAUCUCGCGCUAUUCCAAAGACCAGCUAUGAAUCAUGAAUGUGACAUUACUUUCAAAUCUGCUCGCGUGCAUCCUCGCUUCCCGUCUCCAUCCUACCGUGGCGUCAGCGUCAGCCGUGUUGGAGGCUGAGAUCCCCGGGGAGGCAGUGUCAUUGCUGCUACAAAAGGAUGAUACUGCAGCGGGACAGACGCACAAUGCCAGCGGGCCGCAGGAGUCAGAGCGAACACUCACAUACCCCUCCCGCCUCAUCUACUACCGGAAUGAAACUUCAGAGAGCACCUACCAUGACCUGAACACUCGCGCUAAGAUUCCUGACCCACAUGGACAGGAGGUCCAUCUCGCUCAGGCUUCAUUUCAACUACAGGCCUUUGGAUCACAAUUCAUUCUGGACCUCACAUUAAACAACGACCUGCUGUCCUCUGACUAUGUGGAGAUACACUAUGAGAAUGGGAAGCCAAUCCUUUGGAAGGGUGGAGAGCACUGUUAUUACCACGGCCAGAUCAGAUGGAAUGACAACUCUCGUGCCGCUCUGUCCACUUGUAACGGUUUACAUGGCAUGUUUGAUGAUGGAGUCCAUGUGUACACGAUUGAGCCACUUAAACAGAAUCACUCUAUGGAGGGAACAGCGAGACCACAUGUGUUACGCAGGACGUCUAUCCUGCAGCAAACCACACCUGCAGGAGAGGAAGGCAUGGAGGAGGAUUUGGCUUGGCUUCGACGGAGGAAAAAGCGAGCUAUGCCGAGGAAUGUGUUCGAGGAGAUGAAGUACAUUGAACUGAUGAUCGUCAUUGACCACAGCAUGUUUAAGAAAGUGAGGACCAAGCAACAAACACGCAACCAUGCCAAAUCUGUGGUCAACCUGGUGGAUGCUAUCUUUAAAGAACACCUGAACACGCGUGUGGUGCUGGUCGCCGUGGAGAUCUGGACAGACAAGGAUCGUAUUCCCGUUAGUGUGAUUCCAUUCGAAAUGCUGAGAAACUUUUCCAAAUACAGACAGCAGCACAUCAGGCAGCGCGCAGAUGCAGUGCAUCUGUUCUCUAACGUGACGUUUCACUAUGCUCGGAGCAGCCUAGCGUAUUUUGGAGGGGUGUGUUCUGUCAGUCGUGGGGUUGGUAUCAUUGAGUUUGGCUCUACGUGGACGAUGGCACCACUGCUGGCCCAGAGUUUGGCUCAGAAUCUUGGUAUUCAAUGGGAUUCAGCAUUAAAGAGAAAGGAUUGUGGGUGCAUAAACUCCUGGCUGGGCUGUAUCAUGGAGGAAACUGGGGUCCAGCACCCGCGGACUUUCUCUAAGUGCAGUAUCAUCGAUUUUAAAGAGUUCCUGUUGAAGGGAGGAGGAUCCUGCCUCUUUAACAAACCCAGCAAGCUGUUUGAAGACACCGAGUGUGGAAAUGGAUAUGUGGAAGUGGGAGAAGAGUGUGACUGUGGACCGAGAGAAGAGUGCAUUAAAGAGUGCUGUAAAAAGUGUUCUCUGUCUAACGGUGCUCACUGCAGUGACGGACCCUGCUGCAAUAACACAUGUCUGUUCUAUCCUCGAGGUUACUCGUGCCGCUAUGCAGUAAAUGACUGUGAUAUUUCAGAGAUGUGCUCAGGAGACUCAGGGCUGUGCCCUCCCAAUCUACACAAGCAGGACGGUCACUUCUGCUCCCUCAACCAGGGUCGCUGCUAUGCUGGAGAGUGCAAGAUGAGAGACAAUCAGUGUAAAUAUGUGUGGGGACCAAAGGCUGCGAGUUCGGAGAAGUUCUGUUAUGAGAAGCUGAACACAGAGGGCUCAGAGAAGGGCAACUGUGGUCAAGACGGAGAUAAAUGGAUCCAGUGCAGCAAGCAUGAUGUAUUUUGUGGAUAUCUGCUGUGCGCUAACACUGGCAGAAUCCCACGGAUUGGAACUAUAAAAGGAGAAGUCACUCCCACAAAUUUCAACCAUCAGGGCAGACUCAUCGACUGCAGCGGUGGUCACGUCUUGCUGGAUGAUCAGACUGAUCUCGGGUAUGUCGAGGAUGGAACUCCAUGCGGUCCGUCUAUGAUGUGUCUGGACAGGAAGUGUCUCCCUCUUCAGUAUCUGAACCUGAGCUCCUGUCCCACCGGACCCAGCGGACACGUCUGUUCCAGUCACGGGGUGUGCAAUAAUGAGGCGGCAUGUACAUGUGACACAACGUGGGCGGGGACAGAUUGCAGUAUGCCUGACCCUCCAAAAGAACCGCCCCCUGCUGAAGAUGAUGGACCCAAGGGUCCUAGUGCCACCAAUCUCAUCAUAGGGUCGAUCGCAGGGGCCAUCCUGGUGACAGCUAUAGUCCUGGGUGGGACGGGCUGGGGGUUUAAAACGUCAAACGGCGAGGAUACGAUCCAAAUGCAUCUGCCAUCUAGUGGACAGAAGGAACGCCCCGGCCUCCUCUAUUCAGCUGGGCUGCGGUUUUUGCUGCUCUUUUCUGGCAUUAGUUAUACUUGAAAAUGUUACACAUAAUAAUAAAGAAUUCAACCAACAAUACAUUAGUAAUGUAGCUCCACCCCCUUUUAUAUGCUCCACCGUCUCUCACUGAGCCAUCUUUAUUGAGACAUCUCCCUCUACCCUAGCAGCCAAUCAGAUCAUUCUUACAUUACAGAAGCAUGACAUCAUAACAGCCUGUCCUUGAAGGUUUCGCAUGGCCCAUAUUCAGCAGAAUACAGCAUAACAACCUAUGAAGAGCAUAAAUAUUUCCCACACAAUCUCAGACCGCCUUCAUUUCUUGAUUGCUAAUUUGAUGGAAAUAAUUGAUAGCUACAUGGCUUAGACUUAGAGAGACAUGUUGAGACGAAUUUAUGGGAUAGAUUUAAUUCUACACAUAAAUGAGCAGAGACAUCUAUGGGAAUAGAUCAUGCAAAAAUGAAAGUUCUGUCAGUAGUUUAUACUUUCAUGUUUUGACUAAUACUGUGUGACUUUCUUCCUUGUCAAGUAGUAUAUUUUGGCAACUCUACGCCGUACUCUGAAAGUGCAUUACUUUUUUUCAGCAAUAACUGCAGUUUUCCUAAUAACCUGUCCUGUGUAUAUUGGCGAAAUUACAGUGCACCACACUUGACAUAUUGUGGCUAUGACUUAAGACAACUUAUUAGUUUGUGGCCUUAUUUUAUUAAUCGGUUCUCUUGUUUAGUUUUUAAUUUAGUUCGGUCAUGCUCAAGAGGGAAUGAAUUAAUAUGUUGUAGUAACAAAUUCUUGAUAAAAAAAAGGGCACCAUACAAAAUAACUUAGUUUUAGAAAAGCUCAAAAGGGUAAAUGAUGACAGAAUUGUCAUUUUUAGGUGAAUUAUCUCUUUAAGGUGAAUUCUAAUAUAAUUUUACUCAUUCUAAUUAAAUAUUUUUGUUGCCUUGUGCUUUGUUUUGUUUUUUACGGAGUGCAUUUAGUGCCCAUUUUUACAAAUGUUUGAUGCUGUACCUCAACACCCAGGUUGAAUGAGACGGUGACUCUAAGCCAAAGAUCUAAAGUAAAAAUGUGAGUUUGGGAUGUUAUAUACAGCACUUUACUGUGAUAUUGUUUCCCCUGAUGGGGUGAGGUAGUGUUGUCGUAACUGAUCUCCUGAAACACAUGCAAUAACCUGAUCAGUCCUACCUUGUUUCAUCUGUUUAACUUUGCCACUCAAUUGUAAUUGUACAGAUGGUCAGAUUUUCGAGACAUAUUAUUCAGAGCCUAUUAUAUGGCCUUCCUCAUCAUCCAUCUCCCUCAGCUGUCAGGGCUGCUAACCCUACUGGAAACGAUUGCUUUGCCGCAUGCAUUUACUAUAGUGGGCUUAUUACUCUGUAAGUAUGAAGUAUGAGUGCCCGACCCCAUAGGAAUAUGUAUAACACAGAGACUGUGCUGUGAUGUUUGUGCAUGUCAGCUACAAAACUUUAAUUUACUAUGCAAACAAAUUUGUUGCACAAAGCGAAGGGUUGAAACAGUAAAAUACCACACUGACGUAUCACAGCUGACCCUGUUUUUUAGCCAUGAUAUGAUAGUUAUGCUGAGCUUCAGGAACAAUAACAUUUUGUUGCUAAUUAUCCUUUAAUAAAAAGGAAUGAAUGUAUUAUCUUUUGUUAAAAAAAAUUCCCAGGUUAUUUUCACAUUUAAGGUUUCAGGUUCAAUUUUGGACACUCGCCUUUUAUAUUUUCUCUGUUUUUCAUCAGCACUGUUUAUUAGCCUAAAUGUUCCUCUAUUUACCUGCUGCUGUUACUCUGAACUGUAAGAAAGUCAUCGAAGUAAACAAUAAAAUCAACAGUAUUU